AUGGAUGAUAAAAGUGUUUUAUCACUCUUUGAAGGCGACUAUUCGCACCUGCAGCUUGAGCCCUCAGUAUUUUGUGAGUGCAGAGAGUUUUUCAUCAAUACUCAAUCGAGCUCUUGGACGGAACGAGGUACCCUUUUCUUUCAGUCUUACCAAUUUUUAAAAUACUUUUUGGCCCAUCCUACGCUCGAUGGCCCAACUCAACUCGCUUGUUUCGAUACCACUAGUGUUUGGCUGCGGAGGGUAUUUAACGCCUGCAAGCAAAAUGAUAUAUUUAAGCAGAAUGUCUGGGAAUCGGUUGAAAGAUCAUUUUGGUCAACCCUUUUUAACUUGCCAUCGACGCGGGCAUCUAUUCCUGGGGUCACGGGAGUUCAAUUGGCUGUGAGAGAUUUAUUUACUAAAACAUUACAGCUUUAUUUGCUUACAUGUCCAAAUGAAGAACUUAAGGAAAAUACAUUACUACUACUUUUACAACAAUCUCUAUGUUGGGAUAGACAUGCAAAGGUAGUGUGUACCGCUAUUCAGAUCCUUGUUAAAUAUACUGGAGCAGAAGCUGUUUUUUCGUUUCAACCUGAUUUUAUAUCUCGUUCAAUGAAAUAUUUAAAGGACUAUAGCUAUGCACAAGCUAUAUCGACUACGGUGUUUACUGUAUUAAGUUUGUAUUACCAAACAUUGUGUGAAAAAUAUGAUGAUAAAGAAAUUGCAGAAGACGAGUGGAUGAACUUGUGGUGUCCUGUGAUUCUUACUGAAUUUUAUGGAGACAAUCGGCAAACUCAAAGUGGAAUGUCUUCCUUUUUAAUCCCAUCGUUACUUAGUGUUUCUCCUAAUAUCACACCAAAAUUUCUGUCUGCUUUACAAAGAUAUCCAGACGUUUCAAAGGAUGCGAAAGAUGCUGCUUGUUUGUUUGCAUUGAAAAUCGCUAAAGACGGAAAGCUUAUUCAACACCUUGAUCUCAACAAUGAACAUUCUUUUCUUCGAAGCCUUAUGUUGCAUAAAGAUUCCAAAAUACAACUUGCUUGUUUUAAUUUAAUUGCUCUUUGUCCCAAUAUUUCGACGCCUUUGACCGUCGAGGAAUUUGAUUGCAUUGAAUCGAGGAUUCAAUUCGCUUUUGGAAUAGCUGAUUCCGAUACUAGACAAAUUCUUUUAAAAUCAAUGCAUGACUUUUUUGUAAGGAUUCGGGCUUCUUGCCAUGCUCUUCAAAGAAACAUAAGAUACAAACGCAGCCCUUCCAUACCUGACGAUGCUAAAAUAAUUAAAAGAUCCCAAAGGUUUUUGGAGUACUUUAUUUCCGCAUGUAUUGAAUAUUUACAUCCGACUUGCAACUAUCAGCAAGUGCUUUGUUCUCUUGGCCUUCUUAAAGCUUUAGUAACUUUGGGAUUGGAUGGAUCGGUAGAAGAAUCAAUGAUGAAAGAAAGACAACAUUCUUUUCCAUUUCAAAUAAAAAUUUUAAACAAGGAUGUAACUCGAAUUUUAAUAGAUCGAUUGAUCGAUCCCUACGAUACUAUUCGUGAUCUUAGUUUGAACAUUUUGCUAUCCUAUAAUUAUUUGCCUGGUUAUAACACUUCAGAAGAAUUAUGUUUUUUAUUUAAUCACGGUCUUCGUUUGCUCAACUCUGUUAGGGUUCAUGAGUGUGAAGGUGGUGCUAAGACGAUAUGUCUUUGCAAUCAUUUUAUGGAAAAAUUACAGUCAGGAAGUACCUACAAAAAUGUAAGAAGAAUUUUAGAUCUUCUACAGAAAAACGUUGAAGUUGCUAGAAAAUCAUUACUCCAAGCUGCUAUAAGUUAUCCAAUCCAAGGGUACUUGAUUCAGUUGUCCUAUACAUUUUCUACUUCGUCAACUCUUUCUUUUCUAAAGAAAAAUGAUAAUGAAUGGAAGAGUUUAAUCAUUGAAAUUUUGCAACUAUCAGAAUCUGUGUGGUUGCUUGUUAAAGAGAUUCUUUGUGAUGAUUCUCCUGAAGGAAAUUUGCCAAAAGACCAAGAUGAUAGUGGAGUGUCCGAUAAUUUAGAGGAUACACCUGCUCAAUUGAUUCUUAGUUACUCAUGGAGGAGCAUCAAGGAAAUAUCAUCUCUAUUAUCCAUGAUCCUUAUAAAAUGUAGCUCUUUCUACCCAGACGUUUUUGAUUACUCAAACUUGGAUCAUUAUGGAUUUUUGAUGAUGAGUUGGCUAUGGGAGAUUAGGCACCGAGGAGCUUUUACUAGCGUUUAUCCUUGUUUCGUUAGUUACUGUUCAUUUUUGUUUGCGAUGAAAGACGUAAAUUUAUGCAGAAUGCCAAUUCCUUGGUUGCAAAAAAACAUAGAGGUCGUUCAAGAAAAGUCAUCAUUUAUCACUCGCAGAAGCGGUGGUAUUCCCUUUUCUAUUACAGGCAUUUUGGUUGCUGGUAAAGAGAAAAACAAAGUUUUGUUAUCUAAAACUAUUUUAGCGCUAAUUGAUAUGUCUAAAGAAAAAAUUGUGGCUGACCCAAACGCUGCAAAAGUUGACCUUCCACAGGUUCAUGCUAUGAAUAGUCUUAAAACAAUAUUUACGGAACAUCGACUUUCAUCCGUUUCGUUGGAGUAUUUGGAACCAGCUAUUGCUUUAGCUAUUGAAGGAUUUUCCCAUGAAUUAUGGCCCAUUAGGAAUUGCAGCGUAAUGCUUUUUACAGCUUUGAUGAAUAGGUCGUUUGGUAAUAAACGCCCCAAGGGAGUAGUUAACUUAGGAAAUACCAAAGGUCUUUCGACAAAGACGUUUUUCAGUAAGUUUCCUUCCUUAAGGCCGUAUCUGUUGAAGGAGCUACAACAUAGUGUUAAUACUUUGCGAUCUAAUAAUCAAGCAAGCACAGGCUUAUAUCCGAUUUUAAAUUUGUUUUCUCGUUUACAAUAUGCUUAUACCUAUCCAAAUGAGGAGGAAUGGGAAGGUGUAAAUGAGUUUGAGCCCCUGCUACUUCAGUGUACAGCUAGUAAAAUCUGCAAGGUCCGAGAGAUUGCGGCGCUGUCAUUAACUUGCUUGAUUGAUGGCUCACAUUUGAUGGAGUUUGUCGUUACUCAAUUAAAGAAUGUUGAAGUUUUGACACAAAAUGAAUUACACGGUCGUCUGUUGACAGUCAGAGCAAUGCUAGCUGGCUUAUUAUCAAACCUAACAGGAGAGUCGAAAAAUAUUUUUUUUGACAAGGUAUCCUUGACUUUGCUGAGCUGUUUCUCUGAAAUUACAUCAAAUAAGCGAAGCUUUUAUAUAAAAAAACUGUUUUUGGAAAUUAUUCAAAGUUAUUUUAUGUCACAUACUGACAGGGAUGCUAAAAGGCUGCAGCAGUUAAGAAGGAUGACUAUGGAUUAUUGCAAGCGCAUCCUUUUUGAAAAGAAAUCGUGGCCUCUUUAUGGCCAUAACUUCAUUGGAUUGCCUAUUCAUCAGCAAACAGCUGCAGAAAUCUUCUUACAAAACUCAAAAGAGUUUUCCAUACAUAGCGAUACUCAUUCCAUUGGAUUUCUUGUUUCAAAGUUACUAAGAUACGAGUUUUAUGAAGUUCAAAUUGCAACAUUAGAGCACAUAUUGGAUCAUCCGAGAAAGAGGGUUAUUGUCAAUAAUCCAGAAAUAAUGCGGGCGUUGGUGGACCUAUCCUUAAAACAUCAGUGGAGUCAGCUUCGUGCACCUGCUCUUGCUUUGCUUUCAGAUCUCUUAGAAGCGAAGAAUUACAAGUCUAUGAUGUUGGACUGUGCCGAAAUAAUUGAGGUCGUACAGACAAAUGAAAGCUUACCAGUGCGUGAGAGUCUUCUGAUAUUAUUGGGUUCAUACCUUAAACAUUUGUUUAUGGAGGGUAACACCGAGGUUGUGAAUUAUUAUUACUGUUGGGUUGAUAUCCUUUUAAAGUUUACAAAUGAAUACAUGGCGUUUUCUACCAGAAAGGCUGCUUUAAGCUCGUUAAUUCAUUUUGGAGUUAGCUUUCCCAGCAACUCGGAGGAGAUCAAUUUUACAGGAAUUUGUAUACUACCAUUAAUUUUGGGAGAUGUUCUGAACGAUGAUGAUGAAGAACUUCGACAAGAUGCUGCGGCGUACGCUUGUGAAGUUCUGCAAGUAUCGGAUCUCUGCAUCAAUGAAGUUUGGAGUUUGUGGAAACAAGCAACCAAAAAAGCUUUUGGGGGUUUGUCGGAAUUUCAAGCUCGUGUAAGUAAACGGAUUAUGGUUCACAACGGCUUAGAGAAGGCUUCCGAACAACUUGAAAGUAUAUUGACACGCGAUUCUGCACUGUUUGAGACCGAACGUCAGAAUUUAUACUAUUCUGACUAUCAGAGGCUGCAGGAUCUCUUGUAUUAUGCUUUACCAUCAAGCGAAGAACUACAAAGCUGGGUUGAAGAUGGAAUCAAAUCAAUCAAACAGUUCUUUGUCAACGUGCAGGUUGAUGGUGCAUUAGGCCGUACUUCAGACCCUAACGUAUGGUAUGUCGUCUUUAGAAUCAUUCGGGUAGCGAAGCAUGUCAACGUAUCUUUAGACGACGUGCAUGAACUGAUGAGGGCGAUAGACGCUCACCCAGAUUUUUGUUAUUGA